AUUAUAUUUGUUCCAGGUUUUCCCAAAAAGCUGUUGAUAGCUAUAUCUGUAGUCGUAAUAAUCACCAUGUGCCUAAUGCCAGCGGAAGCCCGAUCAGUGGAGCAUAGAAGACGACACCAAAGACGACCAGACAUAGCCCAACUCACCAAAGAAGCGUCAAUUAAGCGACCAAAAAACCCGAGCGCUGAACAAUUCAAGAAUGCUACGAGAAAAAUAAAGCACAAAUUACGCAACACAAAACGAUUCUUUGAUCAAGAUAGAAAAAUCUUAAACGAAACAAGAGAAUACAGGGACGGAAUGCCCACUUGGUUGCCGGCGGUUAACUUCGUCGACAUUCAUUUUCACAAUUAUAGAUCUUUGCGAAAAGUCGGCAAGUCUAUCACAGAACAAAAGUUCACGUAUCUAAUGCCGAAACUCUACAAAUCUCUGAAGGAAUAUGAAGUUAUCUUCAGUCUUCUACUCAACGUACAACUGGAUCUGUCGGACGAUCCUUUCACGAACUACAUUGUCGUCCGACACAAGCUAUUAACAGAUACGUUGGAGAAAUUGCGAAGCACCAUUCUGGAAAUACAAGAGAAUAUGAAUGCCGUUAACAUGCCGACACCGGACUUUGACAAAAAGCGAAUGAAGCUCGACGCGUUGAAGAAAAAAGUUGACACAACCCAGUGCCUUAAAAACGAUUACAUAGCAAUCAGAGGAUACGGAAAUUUACUAAACAAUUGGUAUUGUGAAUUCAGAUCCCCGGCGAAUAAGAAAAGCGAUAGAAAAUGUGUAGCGUUCCACGCGAAGUUGAAAGAAAAGCUACAAACCAGCAACAAGAAAGUAAAGAAUGAUCGAAAUAUGCACUAAAUGUUAUGAACUUUUGAUUUGAAUCCUGUAAUUUAUUCCGUGUCUGUACUCCGCUUUUGUACUUAUUUAUUGAUAGGAUAGUAAGUUGCUCUCUGGCGUGAGACGUUAAAUUAUGAAUUACUUGACGAAACGUUACGUCGAUUAAGUAAUGGGUACUUUCUCUGUGAUAUUUAGUAUUCUGUAGUUGGUAAUUUAUAAUUUAUUGACAAUAUUUAAUAAGUUCCUCUACACAAUUUGUGUACUUACUGUUCAUUCGUUUUUGUAAAUAUGUUUCCUAAUUAUUAUUUAUUUUGACUAUUGAAAUAUUUAUUUCGAUUUCUUUGUGAUCUGUAUUAAAAUGAAAUUUUAAUUUACUUAAUCUCAGUAAGUAUUAUUAGUGGGCAAUUAUUGCCUAUUUAGAAAAGAAAGACUUUUAGCUUAUAUAUGUAAGGUGCUUAUUUAUAUAAAAUAGAUAAGAAUGACAAAUGUGCCGUUAGUUUGUAGAAAACGAACUGAUACCAUGUUAAUGUCACUGACAUUGUGUAUAUAGCUUUACACUAUUUGUAAUUUGUUACUGCAAAUGAAAUAAUGGAGAAAUAAGCAAUAAAAUAUUUUUGAAUAAAA